GCCAGCCGUUCCUGCCGUUCGCCUCCCUCUCCUCCGUUCCUCGCUUGUCGCUCGCCUGCCGCUUUAGUAUCGCCGUGACCGUCGCGCGAGGCGAACGAACGAACGGGCGAAUCGCCGAUCGAAGAGCGGCAAAGCUCGCACUCGUCGCAACUCUCUGACGUUUCUCUGCGGCACAGGUACCAAAGUACGUUGAAACACGUGAGUCGGGUGCUUCUUCGAUAUCGAUCACAGUGUUUUGUCUUUCGAUGCAACGGCGUUACUCGGUUGUUUAAACCGUAGUUCAAGUGCGGCCAAGUUCAGACGAUCACGUAUCGUCUAAUAUUCCACAAUUACGAAUCGCAAUUCCACGGAUACAGUGACAUACGGUGUGUAACCAGUUAACGGAUAUCACCAUCGGAUUAUACUGAUUCAUCGAGAUUCUCUACCGCUGCUGUUGCUUACUGGAAAACAUCAUCCAGGUAAGAGAACGAGCGCGGAGCUAAAGCUGAGGAUGAACUCGGAGAGUCGGAGUGCUGUUGCUGUUGCUGAUCGUGAAACUUGCGAAUGACGUGCCGUGGAUGAGGAAUAAUAAUGGAGGCUGAGGCGGCGCAGGAAAGCGCCUCAGAACCGGCCAAACUCUGCCGUUGUGUCGAUGCCGGUGAAAGAAGUGUGAUCGAUGAUUGUCGUUGUCGUGAUUAUGACGAAAAUUGUGGUGCUGUUAAUCGGUUGGAAAUUGUGGAAAAUUGUGAAAGAAACGGAGAGAAACACUCGGAGGAUAUCGACCGAGGGAGAAGAGAAGAGAUUUUAUUCGGUCAGGCAAAGGAUCGGAAGGUGGAUUACUCGGGGUGCAAGGACACGGAUCCUUAUCGGGAGCUCGAGUUGUACCUCGAAAAAGUGAACGAGGAAAUCGGUGAGAUAAUCGAAUCAGUGCCGUCGAGGCGAUCGCGAGUAUCGAUCUCCGAAUCGUCAGAAAUCAGGAGCUGGAAUUCCGGGACGAGAUCGCUGCCGGCUACGAAUCGACGGGGUGGUUUAUCGAGAUUUGAAUACGAAGGGGCGAAGAAGAGUCCGUCGGAAGGACGACGCGACGACGUGGCUGUCGAAUGGACCGACGAUAUUUUGGCCGAUUUGAACUCGCUGAUCGCUAACGAAAUCGACGAGCUCAAAAGGAAGGAAGAGGAGGGAUCGUCGAGGGUCGCGAGGAUAUCAGAGAAAAAAGGAAACGUGCUGGGGGGUGAAAAAUUGGACAGGGACGAGUACAAGGAUCUUCUACACGAGUUUGGAAUAUCUGACAGCUGCAGCGAAGCCGGUUCCGAGGACAAUAACGAGCCCCGAAUCCUGACGAAUGGCUGCGAGGAGAAGAGCCGAAGGUCCCCGAUUUACGGCCGUCUAUCGAGGGGCCCGAACCACUUGAAUUCGGACUACGACGAGCCGCGGGACAAGCUGGAACCGGAAGCCAGGAUCGGUAGGGACAGGAAAAUCGGUCGGAAUUUUUGCGGCUACGCAAGCUCGGACUACGACGAACCGGAACUCGAAGGUGGAAGUUGGGGGGGAAGUCGCGAGACAGAUUCUAGUCCGUUAGUAAACGGUGCGGGUGUUAAUGGCGACGUUAAUAGCCAAGUAAUAAGUGAUAACAGAGAAGGUGAAGGCGAGGAGGGCAAGAAUUGCAACAGUUUGUUAAUUUCACCAAAGAAUAAUUACCUAUCCAAAUUACCACCGAAGUACAACGGCGCCUACAGGCGAAAAACGAGUCUUCCGAUACAGCUUCAGGCUUGCUUUGAUAAGCGGCGAAAAACUGACGCCAAUCAUCUUCAGCAUCCUCAAAGACUUCAGAUCAGGACGACCCAGAAUCAGUCGUCGAAAUUCAACUGCGGUAACAGCUUCGCCGACAAUGAUUGCUGCGGCGAUAGUCAACCGGAAUACGACGACGUUGUUUUCAAUGAAGUCAGUAAAUCGAACGAGAUGAUAUCGAGGUCGAAAUCAUUGGAGAACAGCCUCGUACUGCCUCCGAAAUCAGCGCCGGUCACGCCAACGGAGGACAAGAAAUUGUUGUCCUUUUCAAAACUGUUGAGAAGACGGCAGCAGCCGUCUGUUGUGGCGAAAAGUUUUCAGGACACCGUUGUCCUGGUCAGGGUUUCGUCCCUGCCGGAUCAGGAUAUUCUUCUGAACAAUAACGCGGAUCAAAGUGUUAAGCCGGGAAAAAAUGUUCACCUCACACAUAACAUCAGGUCUAUUUCUCCGAUCAGUCUAAGGUCCGAUCUGUCCGCAAAGAGAUUGUCGGAGUCCAACAGUGACGUCAGACAGAUCAGUCCUGUUGAGUUGAAGAAGUUUUCUAGUCUUUCCGGAUCGGCGUCAAACAACGCCGCAGUCUCUCGCAGUUUAUCCAGUGAAUGUAACGAGGAGAAUGCCGCCUAUUACGAAGAGGAGAACUCCCGGAGGCAAGAUCAUCGUGACGAGAGGGUGUGCGUUGUUCAGGAACACAACCCCAGGUCCGGAUCGCUGCCGAUUUCCAUGCACUCGCUUCUUUCCCGGCUACGGAACGGAUAUUCGUCCUCCUGCUGCCCUGACGGUGGUUCAAGUUUCGUUGAGAGUCAAGUCCCGUGUUCCGAAAUUGGCACCCAAACGUCACCGGCGCUUUCGCGAUGCUCGAGCGUUGGAACUUGGGUCAGCGAUUUCGAGUCUCCCAGAGCCGAAUCGACCAUCGACUCCCGAUCACUGAGGGAUGAAUGUACCCUUUAUCCAGGUUCACCGCAGGACACCGUCGACGAUGAUAACAGGUCAUCCUCCUCCUCUCAAGACCUCUUGCAGAGCAUGGACGAAAUAUCGUCUGGCAGUUUGUCACCGGAGGUUAACGAUCCUGACAGAGCUUCGUCACCGCUGGAAAGCGGCAUUGGAACCGCGAGUCCACCACGAAGCACAGAGCGCAGAUUGAGCAAACCACCCACCUACAACAAAUGUCACCGUAAAGAAACCUGGGAGAGGAUACGACGCAGACCUUCGAAGGUCAAUACAAGGUCCGACAAGUACUUCGAUGCUGUUACCGACGAUGUUUGGGUCAGACGGGAAAGCGUUCACACACAGACGAGGGAUCAGGACAAUUGGUAUCCUCAGGAGGCUGUCGACAGUAGCAGCGGCCUCGAUGAUUCCUUACCAAGGAUGAAACCUUCCAGGCCGACCAAUCUGCCUCUCGGCCUUUCGACAACCGUCAGCAGCUCAAUGAGCUCCGGUGAAUUACUCGAAUCACCACCAAGAGCACCGUCCUCACCGUCGGCUGCCAGUUUGCAGUUGAAACCAGAACCAAUGACCAUUGAACUAGGUGGUAAAAGCAGCAGUGCUCCUUUACUCGAGAACGGCGACGAGGGAAAAGGAAAGGACGAACACAUGGUGGUCAUCCAGCAGCCUCGAUCACAGUCCGAGCGUCAUUUGUCAGAAAUCGAAGCCCAAGAAGCGUGCAAAUGGUUGAGAGCCGCUGGAUUCCCUCAAUACGCUCAGAUGUACGAAGAUUACCAGUUUCCGAUCGAGGUUUCUGGGGUAGCCAAGGACCAUCCUUUCCUUGAUGCCGAUUCUCUGCAGAGUCUAUUCAGGAGGUUGCACGCCUUGAAUCGCUGCGCCAACAUGAAACUCGACACUCAUCACUCCCACCACCAUCACACCACCAGCCACAGUAAACCGGGUGGCGAAGACUCGGACGAGGACAACCAGUGCGCCUUGAGCGAGAACUGGACCUUCGAAAAGAAGACGAGACGGUGGUCAAGGGUUGGCGAUGUAACUCAGGCCAACGUUGAAAAGCUCCAGGCGAUUGUCGACGAGAACGCGAGGCCAGAGGACGACGACGACUCCCUCGAGGAUCGUUUAGAGGCCGAAGAAGCCGAGGAUACGAUGUUGGACACCCUCAAAUACGGCAGUCUUCCCCCUGGUCCGGUUCCCGACGAGCUGGGACCCCGUUUCAGACGAACGGGAUCCGAGCGGCUCAAGGACAGUGCCAAGGCCUUCUUGCGCAGGGUAGAGUCCCUGAAGUCGAGGAGGCGGAAGCGGCAGAACCGCGACGGCGUCGUGAUCAGCGGUCCUCAGGUCCUCGACGUUAUAUCCAUGCAGCAGAAGAUGAAGGACCUAAACUGCGUCGACGUUUCGCCUACCGGUCCGGCGCCCGUAUCCUUCAACGACCUUGGGCCCCCCUCGCCCCUCCACCUCCCACCAUCACCACUGACGCUUCCGUCGUCGCCCUUCCAUCUGCCGGCCUCGCCACUCGCCAGUAACCUCAGUCCAUUCGGCGACGAUUCCUCGAGUUACUGUUCCGACGGUUCCCAAGGUGGUGGGCCCGUCCCAACGCCCACCAGGACGAAGCUGAACAGGCCCCGUCGUUUCCUGCAUCGUGGAACCCGGGAGGACCAAGGCGCCCUCAGUGACUCGGAGUGCCAGCCAACCAGCUGGAGACACAGGUACUUUAAGGACGCUAACAGCAACCACACCAAGGUUCUGGAAUACGUCUCGACUCAUCCCCAGUCACCGAAGGAUCAAACACCGGUCGGUAACAGAGGGGGGAGUCUGAAUCUGGGCAAAGAGUCGCAGAGGUACAGGGACAAGUUCAACCAGAGUCAGGAGGAGAAGACUGCCUUGACUACUACCGGUAAACGGGACGAGAGGUUGUACAAAAGCUUUAGACGCGGCAGGGAGGAUUUGUACCGGGAAGAGGCGCCUCUGGCUAAGGACGUCACUGUCUACAGAGAGAAGUCCAGGUCCAGGAGCUCAGAGCUUGCCGGAAGCCAGGAGAGCAGCUCGACGGUUGCCAGCAGGGAUUCCGACCAGGAAGAGGAGUCUCCGAGACACAAGGGUUCCGUCGUCAGGUGGCACAGCUUUCAGAGGGGAUCCCUGUACCCUGAACCUCUCGACCCUCUCUGCUCUCGCGCCAUGGCCUCCAUGUCCUGCGGGCAGCUGCUGGUCCUCAGAAAGCUUGCGCUGCUCAAGCUCACCGCCUGCAUGGAACGGUACUGCCCCACCCAUAGGACCGGGUGGAAUUGGGAGCUUCCGAAGUUCAUACGGAAGAUCAAGACCCCCGACUACAAGGACAAGACUGUAUUCGGCGUUCCGCUGCUACUGUCCCUUCAACGCACAGGUCAGGCGCUUCCCAAGUGCAUUCAGAUCGCCCUCAGGUGGCUCAGGGCCAAUGCUCUCGACCAGAUUGGGAUAUUCCGAAAAAGUGGACUCAGGUCCAGGAUCCAGACGCUCAAAGUUAUGACCGAGACCCAGGGUGACAACAUCAACUUUGACGGACAACAGGCUUUCGAUGUUGCCGAUCUCGUCAAGCAGUACUUCAGGGAGCUGCCCGAGUCACUGCUAACGAAUAAGCUGUCUGAAACUUUCAUCGCUAUAUUUCAACAUGUUCCGGCGGAGAUCAGACCAGACGCUGUUCAAUGCGUACUUCUACUUCUUCCCGACGAACAUCGGGAGGCUCUCGAGGCGCUUCUGGACUUCCUGAACCACGUGGCGAACAACUCGCCUUUCAAUCAGAUGACCGCCUCGAACUUGGCCGUUUGUCUAGCCCCCAGUUUGUUUCACUUCAACCACACUAUGACCAACGUUUCUAACAGGUCUAACAGCGUUUCUCCGAGGCGAAGGAAAACCGUCGGUAUACCCGAUCAGAGGGAAUUGUCCGAGAACAAAGCGGCGAACGACUGUCUUCUGUACUUGAUUAAGACGCAUCGUGAACUAUUCAUGGUUUCCUCAGACAUGCUUACUCAGUGUCGUUUCAAUUACAUGGAAGAGAGUGUGCCCGUCGGUUUGGAGGAACUUGGUUCCGAGUUCAAACAGGACUGGAGAGGGUAUCUUUACGCUUGUACAACCGCACUGCUGAAGGAAGCUCGCGAAAAAAGUCGAGGUUGGGUCAGUAUAAACAAUCCAGCUGAUCCGGGCGUCGAGGUUGCUUACAAAAAAGUCGGAGACGGACACCCGCUCCGAUUGUGGCGAGCUUCGACGGAAGUAGAGGCACCUCCAAACGAGCUGCUGCACCGAGUUCUGAGGGAAAGACACAUCUGGGAUCCUCAACUCCUGAAGUACAGACUGGUCAAUAAGCUUGACGCUAAUGUGGAGGUGUUCCAAUACGCCACCGGAAACAUGAGCCCACUUCCGGCCAGGGACUACUGCGUUUUAAGAUCAUGGCGAAAUGACUUGCCGAAGGGCGCUUGCGUCAUCGUGGAAACUUCCGUCGAGCAUCCGGAAGCACCGGUGAUGCUAGGCGGUACGCGAGGAAUCGUUUUGGCAUCGCGUUACCUGAUCGAGCCAUGUGGCAGUGGAAAAUCGAGGAUAAUGCACCUUUCAAGAGUGGACACAAAGGGACGGACACCCGAUUGGUACAACAAAAGCUACGGUCAUAUAAGCGCCCUGCAUCUUAGCAAGAUUCGUAACUCGUUCAAGCACACCACCGACGGACCUGAAAGCAAGGUCUGAGAAAAGCCCACCGUGCAACAACGAGGAACGUUGUUGCAUGGCGGUUCGUCUGGUCAACAACACAAGGAGCGAAGAAUCCUGAUGGAUUUACGGAGGGUUGAGCCAGCCAUUGACGAGGAACAGUGAGGAAAGUUCAGUGAUAGAUCGGUCACCCCUUUGCCACGUGGAAGAACGAAUCUCCCGUGCUGUAAACAAGUCAAAAUGUAUAUGCUUUUCUUUCUUUUAAAGUAUAUCUAGAAUCUUUUAUCUCGUAAGUUUUAAAAGAAUGGCAAUCUCGUCGGCUUGAUCUGCGAAAUUUUUUUUAACAAAUAACUCAAUUUUCGCUACGCGGUACUUUUAACGAGAAGAUUUUUAAGACGCUUUUUUAAAGUGGUGCGAAUACUCGAAUUAAAGAUAUUCUUCCGGUUAGGAGAGGCAGUAAACGAGAAGGAAGCAAGUAAAGCAAAUCGAAGGGAUACUAAACAGAAAUGAUAAUUGUUAAGUUGUAAAUAUUAUGUGUGAUGGGGAGAAGAAUACAUAUAUAUAAAAAAAAAAACACAAAAACUUCGUACAAGAUAUUAUAUAUAAUCUGAAUGUUAUAAAUGAAUGAAUAUACAAUUUUAAUAUUGAAGUAUAAUGAAGUUUUAUUGUUACUAUAUGAAAAGUAAUAAUUAUUAAUAAUAACAGUGAAUAUAUAAUUAGGCAAUAUAUAAUACAUUAUAAAAGAGUUAUAUAAAUAAUACGCUAAAGAGUUUUAUACAUGAAUAUAAAUAUAAAUGAAAAUAUAUAUACAUAGAUAUAUAUGUAUAUAUUUUUUUUUUUGGACCAAAUGCCAUUUUUAAUUAUAUAUACACAACAAAGUAAAUAAAUCACAUGACGCACGCAAGUAUACGCAAGUAAUAUGUGUAAAAACAAAAUAAACUACGCAUCUAUAUAUACGCACGCAUACACAUGCACAAAUUAUAUACCUGUAAUACAUGUUGACGUUUUUAAUCAUAAGAUAAUAAUACUUGUAAUAUACAUAUAUAUGAAUGUAUGUACGUAUUAAUGAAUGUACCUCAUUUAUAGUUGAAAAUUUACCUCCAAACUGAAAUACGCCAUAGUGUUGUUAUAAUAUUGAAAAGUUUUGAAAAGCUAUGCGAAGCAUGACCAAUUAUCUCAAUACGAAAACAUCUCGGACCUGAAGAGUUUAUCCGUUUGUUUAUUUUUUUGGUUAUUUCGCGAUUGCUCGUGAUUUUACCACGAAAAUUUAUAUUAUAUAAAUCAAACAACAGAAUCCACAUUUCUAAAUCUUUUUAUUCAUAUAUUUCUUUUUCCGGAAAAUUCUGGAAACUACCUAGUCUCGUUCUAACUGAACGUUACUGUCGCAUUAGGUGAUCGUUUCGGUGAGCAUAUAGCUUUAUCACGAAAUGCUUGCACCUGGGGACAAAUUUCUUCAAUUGGUUUGUCAAGGUAAUAAAAAUUUUAUAUUAUAAGAAAAAUUUAUGUUCUUGAUUCAUUUUCGUCAGGAAGGGAUUCGAAAUUUAGGGACCACGUUGUUCGGUUGGACCCGGGUAUUAUGAACGAAUGCGCAUAAUAUUGUAUUCUUACGUGGUACAUUAUGAUGAAUGUUUUCUAACUAAAACUAGUCACUUACAUUAUAUAUGAUUAUAGAACUACGUAUGCAUCCAUGGAAGGAAAUGUAUGAAAUUUGUAUUCCAUAUAUAUAAAUAUAUAUUGUAUGUAUGAUAUUGUUAUAUGUUACAUUAUUAUAUUACUGAUCUAGAAUAUUUGAUGAAAUGAUAUAAAUUACGUACAUAUAUAUAAACACAUAUAAUAUUUAUAAAUGAUGUAAGAUAUUUUUGUGUCUACAAAAGCCAGUAAUGAUACAAAAAGGGAGGAAAAUGUGUCUUCAUGUUACAAUAUAUAUGAAUAUAUCGUCUUUAUUCAAUACAAUUCGUGUCUUGAUAGGUUGUAAAUAUGUAUAUUGUUAUGUCAUAACGAAUAUAUAUGCAUAUAUUCAUUAAAAAAUGAUUUUGAUUA